AUGCUUUGUGUAUUUUCUGCUAUAGGAUACGUUACCGAAGCGAAUACCGUCACUGCUAUUUUACUUCGUUUGACAAACAAAUGGAUUCAGGUUAUGUAUAUUUUAUUAAUGGAAAAUUUGUAUGGAAUAAAGCCAAAUAACGGUCCUCAAGAACUUCAGUUCAAUAUAACAACAUCAUAUCAAAUUAAUAUUGAUACUAAUAAUACACUAGAGCAAUAA